AUGGGACCACAUGUGGCCACCUACCUGGAGCUGCCUGCCCACGUGGCGAUGCGCAUCCUGGGAACGGGGACCUGGCAGUCUCUCCAAGGAACAGCAAGAGAUGCAGUGAUGGCUGCCAUCGAUGUUGGGUACCGCCACUUUGAUUGUCUCUACCUGCAACAGAACGAGAGUGACAUUGGAGAUGCGCUACAAGAAAAAAUGGAGGAUGGGGCUGUGAGGCAAGAAGACCUCUUCAUUGUCAGUAAGCGGUGGUCCGCCUUCCACCAGAGAUCCCUGCUGAAGGAGGAACACCAGAAAACACUUGUUGCCCUCCAGCUGGGUUCUCGGGGUCUCUACCCGAUGCACUGGCCCACGGGAUUCAAGGCAGGAGAGGAGCUGUUUCCUGCAGAUGGAAGAGGCAUAAUCAUUCCCCGUGAUACAGAUUUUCUGGGUCCGUGGGAGGCUGUGGAAGGGCUGGGGAAUGCAGGAAUGGUAAAGGCCGUUGGAGUCUCCAACUUCAACCGCAAACAGAUAGAUCGACUCCUGAGCAAACCAGUGCUUAAGACACAAACCUGCAACGAUCAGGUAAAUUAUCCACCCCAUCUUCCUCAGGAAGAGCUGAUGAAGUUCUGCCAGUCCAAAGGGAUCUCUGUCACUGCAUAUUGUCCCCUUGGAGUGCCCAACUGGCCAUGGUCCAAGCCUGAGGAUAUUUCCCUUUCUGAUGAGCCCCAAAUCAAGGAAAUUGCACUCAACUGCAACAAAACCCCAGCUCAGGUGCUUCUCUGGCUCCAGGUUCAAGGAAAUGGGAGGGUAAUUCCCAAAUCUGUCACUCCACAUCAUGCUGAGGAAAACUUGAAGGUAAGAGGUUACCUUACAAAAUUAUUAAUGGUGUUAAACUUUACACAGAAAAAUCCCCUCUGCCAGUGGAACGAAGUUACCCACCUAUCUCAUCGCAUGCUGCAGACUUCAGAGUUCCCAAGAGAACAGUUAAAUAUCGCAGGGAAGUUUGGCGAUUCCAGCUAA